GAGUUCUCUAUCCUUCUUUAUGGGUUACGGUAUAAGAACUAGGUCGGCUUUUAGGACCCAGGGGGGAUUCGGAUGUUAUGAGGACAUAAGGCUUGGUUGGUUUAAUGGGAGAACGACUUUGAGUGCAUGAGGAUACAUUAACUAAUAAUACGCAUGGAAAAAUAUGCUGAUAAGUUGUCAAAGAGUCCGAACAAUGACCCAUAAUAACGUUCGAAUUGGUCAAGGUAAACAGUGCUGGCUGAAACCUUCCCCAGCACUAGACCGCUCCUGAUUUGAGUGAAGGGGACGAGAGUGACGCCUCCUUCUGUGGGACCACCUUAGCGGACAGAACCUCUCCCCCCAUUCUUCCACGGGCCACCAUGGGUGAAGUAGUCAUUGUGAAGGAGGGAUGGCUUCACAAACGAGGGAGACUGCCUGUUACGCGAAUGCAGUAAGCCAAGGAGAGUACAUAAAGACCUGGAGACCCAGGUAUUUCUUGCUGAAGAGAGACGGUACGUUCAUCGGGUACAAGGAGCGACCGCAAGACGUCGACCAACUGGAGACGCCACUCAAUAACUUCUCAGUAGCACCAGAAUGUCAGCUGAUGAAGACUGAGCGACCCAAGCCCAACACAUUCAUCAUCCGCUGCCUACAGUGGACCACUGUCAUAGAACGCACCUUCCAUGUGGAGAGCCCAGAGGAUAGGGAGCAGUGGACAAAGGCCAUCCAGGAGGUGGCAGAUGGGCUGCAGAAACAGGAGGAGGAGAGGAUGGACUCCUCACCAGACCCCAUGGACAUGGAGAUGUACCUCACCAAGCCCAAACUCAAAGUGACUAUGCACGACUUUGAAUACCUCAAACUCUUGGGAAAAGGCACUUUUGGGAAGGUUAUCCUGGUGAAGGAAAAGUCAACCGGAAAAUACUACGCUAUGAAAAUCCUCAAGAAAGAAGUGAUUGUGGCAAAAGAUGAAGUAGCACACACUCUCACUGAAAACAGAGUACUGCAGAACUCCAAACACCCCUUCUUAACGGGUCUGAAGUACUCCUUCCAGACGCAUGACCGCUUGUGUUUCGUCAUGGAGUACGCCAAUGGAGGAGAGCUGUUCUUCCACCUAUCACGAGACCGUGUGUUCUCCGAGGAGAGGGCCCGGUUCUACGGAGCGGAGAUCGUGUCGGCGCUGGACUACCUCCACUUGGAGAAAAAUGUGGUUUACAGGGACCUGAAGCUGGAAAACCUGAUGCUGGACAAAGACGGCCACAUAAAGAUCACAGACUUUGGCCUGUGUAAGGAGGGCAUCAAGGACGGGGCCACCAUGAAGACCUUCUGUGGGACACCAGAGUAUCUGGCCCCUGAGGUGCUGGAGGACAAUGACUACGGCCGUGCUGUGGACUGGUGGGGUCUUGGUGUGGUCAUGUAUGAGAUGAUGUGCGGUCGGCUGCCCUUCUACAACCAGGACCAUGAGAAGCUGUUUGAGCUGAUCCUGAUGGAAGAGAUCCGCUUUCCUAGAACCCUGGGCCCCGAGGGAAAGUCCCUGCUCUCUGGCCUGCUCAAGAAGGACCCCAAGCAGAGGUUAGGUGGAGGGCCUGAUGACGCCAAGGAGAUAAUGCAGCACAAGUUCUUUGCUGGGAUCGAGUGGCAAGAUGUGUACGAGAAGAAGCUGGUCCCGCCAUUCAAGCCCCAGGUCACCUCGGAAACAGACACCCGCUAUUUUGACGUGGAGUUCACCGGGCAGACCAUCACCAUCACUCCUCCAGGACAAGAUGACAGCAUGGAGUCUUUCGACAGCGACAGGAGACCCCACUUCCCUCAGUUCUCCUACUCUGCCAGUGGGACAGCCUGAACCAAAAACCUGGACUCCCUCUCCUCACUCUCUUAUGGACCAUACUCCUCUCACCCUGACCCCACACAUACCUCUGACCAGAACACAUCCUCACAGGCCAUCUAUGACCUCUUUUCACUUUUAUUAUUUUGCUGUAAUUGUUGGGGCACAUCUCAAUUGUCUAGCGUGGCUUCUUAUCCUGGUCUCUUCUUCAGAUGGACAAUGAGAGAAAGGCCACUAUAAACUAUUGGUGUCACCAGUGUUUCAAAUACUGUACUUGUUGUGCUUAAGGGGAGGUUUCUGUUGCCUGCCAAAAGCAACACACUUGGACACAGUGGUGGUGACUGACCUACUUAAUUCUUCAUGGCAGCAUGAUGUUCCUGUCAAUGAUACGUAUGCCGCUAGACUCAAAAGAGAAGCACAUUCAUAAGCGUUCUCUGAAAACUAGCUUUUUAAACGGUACACUAUAUAUUUCUCCAAUGAUUGUCUUUAUAUUUUGAUGGAGCAAAGGGAAACAUCAGAGCGUGAUCUGUAGAAAUAGUCCUUCCCAUCUCCAUCUACUAGCCACCACUGCCAUUGUGCUCUGACUCCCAGGUUUUACACCUUUGCGAGAGGUAACACUAAAGCUCCACACCUGGGUUGUGUUCAGUUGGACACCACGAAGCAACAAGUUUUGAAAUAGAAAAUGAAAAUGUGUUCUUAUUGAGCAAGUUUCCGUAGCACCUCCUGUUGCCUUCUCCCAUUUCUUGCCUUCUGAGCAAAACCCUGCAGUCUCUCACCUCUGAUGUUGACCCUCCCCAACACACACACCUUCUAGUAGAAGUAAAUGCUAUAGAACUGAAAUGGAGUCUAUGGACUGAGCCAUCUCCUUUUCUUCAGUGUUACUGGCCUCACCACCUUGCCUAAGUUGUCCUUAGUGACUACAGUACAAUGUAUCGAGAGAACAGUUGGCUCUACUGGAUCACACCAUCUGUAAAGUGGUGAAGCACAGAGUGGAAUUCACAAAAUGAUGUGGUGAUCAUAAAGGACAUUUUUGAUGGGUGUAUUGGCUACAUUAUUGUUUAGUGAAAUAGAUGUUUUCAUGAGAAAUCAUGUGAAUAGCAAUCUUGUUUAUUCCUGUAAAGUUGCUGCUGCAACCACAGUAGGGGAGGUAUUUUUCUGAUACAUUUUAUGGUGAAAUGACUAGGUGUGUGUAACAUGCAUGCAUGCAUACACACACACACUUAUUUUUUCUAGAAAGGUCACUCCAUUUACCCCGUGAACAAAUGUUGAGUUGGUCCUUGGUUUAUAUUUUUCUAUCAAAGCUGUAGACGUAUACUUCAAAGUACAUUGAAAUGAGAAGUAAUAUAACUCACUUUUUAUAUCUAGCAGAAAAUCAUGCUAGCUGAAAACCUACCAGCAUGCCAUUGAAUGCGUACACAUGUAUAGCUUAAACUACGGAAGAGUCUGAAGCUCACCUGCCUGUAGAGUUAAAAAAUGUUUUUAAAAAACGAUUUACCAACCAAGCAGUUUCUCCACAAAUAUUAUCUAUUAUUGAGAACAGUCAGUCUGGACAAUGUAUAACAAAACUCUCAUCAAUGAUCCAGUUCUGGAAAAUAUUCUGAAGACUGUUAGCUUGGUGGAGAGUUUGUGCAAUAACACAGUGCCAUAGUGAGGGGAAAGGAGGGGCAGACAUAACUGUCACUGGCGUCCUCGUGAGGGCAAUGCCGAAACAAAAUAAAUGGUUUGAAAUUAAUAUCUGUCUUAGCUAGAACUGUGACCAAAGUCUUGUUUAGUUUGAGAGACUUACAACCUUACCCUCUGCUUUGUUUUGCCCUGACCCUUAUCGGAGUAGCACCGACUGAAGCCUGGAUAAUAUCAUCUGAAAGGCAUGUACUGAUUCGAACCUUGGGAUUGAGUGUACAAAAUGAAUUGUGUGAAUGUUCUGCCAACAAAAUGACCUUUUUGCUGUUAGUUCUCAACAGGUAGCCUAUUCUGUGAUUGUUUGAGUACAUUUUCUUUUUCUAUUGUUUUGCGAUCCUUUCCGGUUAUUGGGUGUUUUCUCCGCAAUGCUUUUAGCAACAUCUCAGUGACUGUUACAGUACCUUUCAGACAGACUGCUACUGUACAUAGACCGGUACUGUUGCAAGUGAAACACACCAAACAGGCUGUGACUGACCACAAUCGAGGAAGGAUGACCAUUUAUUUGAUGUAUUUUUGUGUGUGCACGAGAUUGUGCGGACAGGUCUGUGAGGGCAACAAUUCCAUGCGUCUCAAUGGUCCUAAUUGAAUCCCAAGUGAGGGUAUCUACGUUUAGCUUUAAAAUGAUUGACUGUUCAAGAAUUAAGAGGAUAAUUGACUUUGUCCUGAUCCACCAGAUUCUAGGUUUGUCAAAUGUUAAGGCCUUUAGUUUAGUCUGAAUAUAAAUAGUUUCUAGAGGAAAUGGUUUGAAAUUUCAACAAAACAAUACAAUUGAUAAUUAGUGGUAAAUAAAUUGUCAAUUUAAUGUAAAACAUAUUUAAUUUUGUCACAUUACAGUUUUGUAUAUAUAUUUUUUUAAAUCAUUGACCUAAUUGUUGCUUAUCGACAGGUGUUAAGAACAUUUUCAAACUAUUUCUAUUUAAGUUAUUUCAUUCCCUUUGCCCCCUUGGUAGAUGAGAAACUGAACAAUUGAAUGCACCAGCUUUUGUGAACAAAUAACAUUUUCCCUCACUGUGUGUGGUAUUUUUCAUUGGAAUUCAGAAAUAAAGAUCUUUUUGGGACAAA